AUGGAUUUGUGGGCGAUGACAUCCACAAACGGGCUGAGUACGGUGCCCGCCAACAAGCUGGACGGCUGGAUCGCGGACGUUCUGCAGCCCAGCACGGCUUUCUGCAAGCAGGUGAAGCAGACGGUGAAGCAGAUCUGCGACUUCCUGAAGGAGGACUGCUUCGAGACCAACAUUCGUGUCCACAAGACCGUCAAGGGUGGCUCGGCAGGCAAGGGCACAGCCCUGCGGAACAACUCUGACGCCGAUGUGGUGCUGUUCCUCAGCUGCUUCUCCAGCUACCAGCAGCAGAAGCAGGAUAGAAGUUAUAUCCUGAAUUUGAUUGAGAGGAGGCUGCACGCCUGCAAGCAGAGCCUGACGUUCACUGUGGACAUCAGCGAGCCCCGGUACAAGGGUCCUGGCAAUACGCCGCGCUCCCUCAGCCUCACCCUCCAGUCCAAGGAGAACUUGGAGUCCAUCGAGGUGGACAUUCUGCCCGCCUACGAUGCCUUGGGACAGGUGAGCCAGGAUGUCCUGCCAGAUGCGGGGGUGUAUGUGGAGCUCCUGAAGGCCAGCAGUGACCCCGGGGAGUUCUCCCCCUGCUUCACUGAGCUGCAGAAGAAGUUUGUGAAGCGUUACCCUGCCAAGCUGAAGAACCUCCUGCGCCUGGUCAAGCACUGGUACAAGGAGAUGCUGAAGCCACGGUACCGCACCGCAGACCUGCCCCCCAAGUAUGCCCUGGAGCUGCUGACCAUCUAUGCCUGGGAGGAGGGGACGCGCUCCUGUGAGUCCUUCGUCAUGGCCGAGGGCUUCCGUACGGUGCUGGAGCUGCUGCGACGGUACCGGGAGCUCUGCAUCUACUGGGACAUCUACUCACUCCAGCACAGCCAGAUCGGUGCCCACGUGAAGAGGCUGCUGCACAGUCCCCGCCCUGUCAUCCUGGACCCUGCCGACCCCACAGGGAUCCUGGGCCAAGGCAAGAAUUGGGACCUGGUGGCACAGGAAGCUGCCCGCCACUGUUCGCUGCCCUGCGUCAAUACUGCCCGGUCCUGGGACGUGCAGCCAGCCCGGCCUGUGAGGAUUGAGGUGAGGCAGCUGGUGGGCACCGGACUGAGCAGGACCGUCAGCCCAGGCACCACCAUCCGGCAGCUGAAGGAGAUGAUCGAGGAGGCGUGGGGCAUCCCCUGGUACAGGCAGCGCCUGGCACAGCAGGAGCCGAACAGGAGCAACCUCAUCCUGGAGGAUGACAAGACCCUGGCUACCUAUGGCAUCUUCUACAGUACCACACUGGUGCUGCUGCAGACUGAGCCCCAGAAGAUGGAGGUCUUUGUGAAGGACGACAAGAACCGGACCACCACCUACAUGGUGAAGCCCACCGACACUGUCCGGCAGCUGAAGGAGCAGAUCCACACUGAGCACGG